AUGAUAUUCCACACUAGAGGACUGUUUCUUCUCUUUGUCAUUGCUGCACUAUGUCGAGAUCAUGUGGCUUCGGCUGGCCUCGGGCAUAAAGCCAUUCCUCCUAAGAUGGAUCCAAAAGAAACUCUCCCUGACAUAACGCACAAGGUCUUUCUUCAAGUCGAAAUUGAUGGCCACGAUGUAGGUCGGAUUGUGCUAGGUCUCUUUGGGGAUUAUGCACCGAAGACGGUAGAAAAUUUCCGAGCGCUCUGUGCCUGUGAUAGUGGAGAGCCUGCAUUAUGCUACAAGGGGAGCUCCUUCCAUCGAAUCAUCCCAGAUUUCAUGAUUCAAGGUGGUGAUAUCAUCCGAAAUGAUGGUACAGGUGGAGACAGUAUUUAUGGUGGAACCUUCAAGGAUGAGGACAUGACCAAAGUCAAAUUCAAUCGAAAGUUUCUCUUGGCGAUGGCCAACUCCGGACCGGAUACAAACGCCUCGCAGUGGUUGACUGGCAAGCAUGUCAUUUUUGGAAGAGUAAUGGAUGGCAGUGAGACUGUGGUGAAGAAAAUUGAAAAGGAAGGAACCUAUGGGGGAAUCCCUCGUGCUGACAAAAUCGUCAUUACUGAUUCUGGGGAAAUGAAAUUGGAGGCUCCCAUCAUUGAUGAUGGCAACGAUCCACACCACAAUAGAGACGCUCUCUACGGGCACGAGGAUCCCCACAAGGAAGAGCAAUAA